CGCGAGCAUCCGGUGAAAUUAUAUAAAGAAAGCGCGUCCCUGCUUUUGUUGGCAAUUACCAAAAACAGAAUUCAAAAAGGUCUUUACAAUACUGAAGCGACUUAGUUCGAAACUUACUGAAAAAAGGAAUUACUUCUAAUUCGUCGGCAAGCAUCAAUUGAAUCUACAUUAUGGCUGAAGAAAGACAAGCAAAAAGCACCGUUAAGGACGCUGAUCACAAAGUCACUUACAACAUUGAACGUGUCCGCCAUGGAAUAAAUAACUUUUUUGACGAUGUUGGAAGUGCUGUCAAAAAGGAAGGGAAUACUGGAACUACUCAACAAAGCAAAGAUGCCGCACGCACCGAAAGUGCUGGAAAAAUGUAAUAAUAUUGUACCGAUACUACUCCAUUCCCUCACAUAAAAAUGUAAACCUGUGUUUAUACAAUGCAUAUUUCUUUGUUUGGAUUCUUACGUUGUUCAAUGUUUUAAGAUUUUUCUCUUUUAAUGAUAUUAUGAUUGCAGGGCAAUUGUUCCCUUUUACCUAUA